AUGCCGUAUUUAAAAAAACCAAAAUUUCCGGAAACCACGUCCUUUUCGUUAGCGCUAAAAUCGUUGCCGCUAAAAUCGUUGGCGUUAAAAGCGGCACUUUCCGGCGCCAAUACAAACGCCGUACCUUUACAGGAAAUUGCGCGGUUCGUAAAGUUAUUAAAAAAUGUUUUAAAUAAUUUCCAAUAUCGUAGCGCUAACAAUUUUGCGCUAAAUGCGUUUUUAAAUAACGGCUUAACAUUUGUAACGCGCAAAUUGUUCGGCCAAUAUGGUAUAAAAAGAUUUAAUUUUUUAAAUAACUUUGCGGGCGCGAAAUUGGUUUUAAGCCAUUUACCAAAACCAUUUGGAAAUUUUAACGCAAAUUUUAUUACUAACCACGUUUUUGCAAUAAAUGCAUUUAAAAAAUUCCGUACAAUUAUCGAAGCAUAUUGGUAUACGGGGGUUAACGGUAUAAUUUUAAUAUGCUUAACAAUUAAAACAACGGUUAUAAAAUACCGCACGCUCCGUAUAAUUAUUUUUAAAAAAGGGCAAAUAAAUAAGGUUUUAAUUAUCGCUUUAUUGGAAAUCGAUAAUUUUUUGCAACGAAAGCGCGUUGCAAAUACCCAUAUAAAGCGAAAAAAAAAAGCAAUGUUCGUUUUGGGGGCAAAUUUAUUAAAAUUAAAAGCGUUGCGGCGGCGUUUGUUGCGCGUUUUACGUUUUUUUCGGCGGCGGUUUUUUUGCCGUAGCGGUUAA